AUGGAGAUGAGUGGGAGAGACAUGGAUGGAAGGGAGUGCAGAAGAACUAGGGAGCGAGCGGAGCGGACAGUGCGGCUACCUACCUGGCUAAGACUGCAAUUUGCAGAGGGACUGAGGGAACAAGUGGAACGGACAGUGCGGCUACCUACCUGGCUGAUACUGCAGUUUGCAGAGGGACUGAGCCUGAGGGAACAAGUGGAAAGGACAGUGCGGCUACCUACCUGGCUGAGACGGCAGUUUGUAGAGGGACUGAGGGAGCAAGUGGAGCGGACACUUCAGACAGUAGCAUUACUACUGAGACAGGAGAAUGCAGAAGGUGCAAAGAUUAUCUUGAAUGUCGAUGAAAAUGUGACCAAAAUUAGAAAUGUAAAGUUGGAUCAAAGACACGAUGGCUGUGGAGAUUCCAGAGAACGGCUGAUGGAGUUUGGCUUUGACUACUGCUAUUGGUCUGUCGAUACGGAUGACCCCAAGUAUGCAUCUCAGGAAGUGGUUUUCCAAGAUCUUGGUACCUCUGUUCUUUCAGAAGCUAUUAAAGGAUAUAAUGUAUGCCUCUUUGCUUAUGGACAGACUGGUUCAGGGAAGACAUAUACUAUGAUGGGGACUCCAACGUCGGUUGGAUUAACUCCUCGUAUAUGCGAGGGUUUGUUCUCCUGUGUUGAUGGCACACCUGGAAGCCCAACUUCGUGCCGGAUUGAAGUCAGUUUCCUGGAAAUCUAUAAUGAACGCGUUCGAGAUCUGCUUAACCAGUCAGUCCAGAAGAAACCUUACACCCUGCGAGUCCGGGAACAUCCUGAGAAAGGCCCGUACGUCCAAGGAUUAUCGCAGCAUGUCGUCACAGACUAUGAACAAGUGGUAUCCCUACUUGAGGGAGGAAUGGAGAAUAGGAUUACAGCAGCCACACAUGUCCAUGAUGCCAGCAGCCGGUCACAUGCCAUCUUCACCAUCCAAUACACUCAGGCUAUGCUGGAAGACAACUUACCAUCAGAAAUUGCCAGCAAAAUUAACUUGGUAGACCUGGCAGGCAGUGAAAGAGCUUCUCCCAAUUACUGUAAAGAUCGUUUAACUGAAGGUUCUAACAUCAACAGGUCACUAGUUACUCUCAGCAUUGUUAUCUCGGCAUUAGCCCAGAAUUCCCAAAUGACCAGCAGUAGCCAAAGUAUCAAUAAUGUAGCCACUGACUGGGACAGCGGCGGUCCUGCUAGUCCGAAUGGGAGCAGCUUGAAUUAUUCAAAGCGCCAACCCUAUGUUCCUUAUAGGGAUUCCAUCCUGACGUGGCUUUUAAAGGACAGUUUAGGCGGAAACUCUAAAACUGUCAUGAUCGCUACGGUGUCUCCAGCUAGUACCAGCUACAACGAGACCUUAAGCACCUUGCGAUAUGCUUCAAGUGCAAAAAACAUAAUCAAUAAACCCAGAGUCAAUGAGGAUGCAAAUGUUAAACUUAUCCGAGACCUGAGAGAAGAGAUUAAUAGGCUAAAACUGAUGUUGAGGAGCUUUGAAACGAGAACUAGCAGCCCUUUUUUCAGCGAGGAACGAGAAGGAAACUUGACAGAACUUGUCCUUGAAAACGAAUUAAAGAUAGAGCAGCUUACAAAAGAUUGGACAGACAAGUGGAUGGAUAAAGCAGAUAUCAUGGAUCAGUAUAAAGUGGAUAUUAGCAAAGGCAAAGCUGGGGUUACAAUUGAUCCCAAUUUGCCCCAUUUAAUUGCCAUGGACGAUGACAUUCUCAGCACUGGAGUUGUGAUAUAUCAUCUCCGGGAAGGAACCACUAACAUCGGCAGGAGCGAUUCAGAUCAAGAUCAUGACAUUGUAUUAAAUGGAGAGUGGAUGGCGAAAGAGCACUGCGUGAUUGAUAAUAACAGCGGGGUGGUAGAACUGCGGUCUCUUCCGGGAGCGCUCUGUACAGUCAAUGGAAAAGAAGUGACCGAUGUCUGUCGUUUAUCGCAGGGUGCUGCAGUUGUAUUGGGAAGGAUUCAUCGGUUUCGAUUUAACCAUCCAGCAGAGGCCGCCAUCUUGCGUCAACAGAGAUCUAACAGUCAGGCUUCCUUCGUAAGCAGUGACUCUUUAGACUGGCUGGAUCUUUCUGGAAAUUUCCCGUCGUCUAAUGGACCCUCUAUCACUUUAAAUGCAAGAAAUACCGAUCCAUUAAACCCAGAACAUCAGCAGAAAUUAAGGGAUCUGGAAGCGUUUUAUCAGCAGCAAGUGGAGGAACAGCAGUGUUAUGUGCAAGAUUUAAAGACUCAGAUCGCGGCAGCCCAAAUCAAGGGAGAAAAGGAAUUGGAACAGGAGCAGUCAUUAAUCAAUAAGUUAAUUAAUGAAAAUCAGCAGUGGAUUUUAAAAGAAGAGCAGCAUUGGACAACUGUCCACCAACAGAGACAAGAGUCUGCUUCUCAGACAGAUCCCAAGAUUUACUCUGAGGCAGAGGUCCAGAACUGUGUGCAGACGGAGGACAUCCAACCGUCUCCUGCUGAACAAGAUCGGAAGAGACUGGUCCAGUCUGAACUGCUCCGGAAAUAUUCUUUAAGAAGAGCAGAGAGGAACAUCAAGAGGAAAAGGGUCAAAUUCCAACUUGAGUGGAUUUCAAAGAAGCAGAAGCUUCUAGAAGCCAAGAAAAACCUCCAACAACUGCAGGCUGCAUGUUGGGUUAGCGAGGACAUUGUGAAGCAGACCUUUCCUCACAUACCAAGUGCACAGGGAUCCACGGGGAGCUGCACACUUCCGAGAAGCAGAUCUUCACCUGCUGGCUUUACAUACCAUAGGAGAGGGUCAUUGCCGUGGUCUUCAUCUCCACUUCCUUCUUAUAGUACUUUCCUCAAAAGAAAAGUCAAAUCUGAUUUAAUUGUUCCAAGGAAUAGUAGAAGAACCUAUGAAGGCAGUAGGCCGAGGCGAUCUGUGUCUGCAGAUUGCCUUCCAAAGACUGCUUGUAAUUGUACUAAGAGUGUGAUCAGCACCAAUGGAGUUCGGACAGCUGCACGAUUUGCUGAUAAGCACACCUUUGGGUCUGUUGGAAACUUAAAUCGUACAGUCAGUCCAUGCUACUGUACUACCAUAUUAGUAAGUAAUCCACAAAUGAGCAAAAAGCACCCAAAUAUGGAUAAAGCUAGUAACAGCUCAAAAAAGUUUCCUAACAGCCGUCUCACAGAUCCAAAAAAGAAAAGAAAUGCACGGGUACCUGCUAAUCAAGAAUCAAGGGAAACCAAACCAAAAUCAUUUAAAACCCCCUCUCAGCCUGCUGCAGGCACCUUAAGAACCAACUCUACACAGGAGAAAUGCAAGAUAGUCCAAAAGAGCGAAGGAACCAAGUGCCGUUUAGAAAAACCUUUUAAGAGCACAAAACAAAUAUCUGUUCAACCAAGACAUCCAGUUCGACCUUCAACAUCCACUAAUAAAGCUGUGAAACAUUUAGCAAAGACAACUUUGCCUUAUAACCAGAAAUUGUCUACUGAUGGUGCUACCAAGAUAUCAUCCUCUGUUGGCAACCUCAAUAAACUUGUCCUUCGUGGCACUAUUGAUACAAAGUGGAAGAGUGUGGAAAUGCUUGAUAGUGGACUUCAAAAGCCAACCCCAGAUUUAUUAGAGCAUUGGGAAGAAGGUGAUGAAAGUGGUUCUUCGGAUAGUGAAAGCUUCUAUUCCAUGGAUUCACUAUCAUCUGCGUAUGCAAGUGUCUUGAAUGAACAGCUAAAAUUGGAGGAGGCUAAAUCAGUGGCCAACCAGAAAAACUCAGACAGUGAGGACAGCCAAAUGUCACAAGACUCCCUAGCAGAGCGGGAGAAACAAAAGGAAAAACCUAAUAAGAGAAGGUUUCGUAAAUACAAGGCCAUAAUAACAUCUUCUGAAGCUUCAACCUCAGGACAAAAUUCAGCUCCUGUAGUUCUGGCUGGCUCCAUUGCCAGUGGAGUUUCUAAAAGUUUUUCUUUAGAUAGUUUGGCUGAUGCAGAUGAAGUAUCUGAGGCUGAUUCGGCUGAAGAACUGCCUGCUGAAAUCUACUGGAAGCUUCAAAGUCCUAGAUUUUCAAUGUUGCAUGCUCAGGAUCAAAGUGAAGUUGAAGCUACAGAAGAAAGCAACAAUUCUACUAUGGAGCUGAACAGCUCCUUUUUCUUAAAUGUGAAUCAUGGAUCCUCUUUAGACUAUAGUGAUUCUUCUUUGAUUGGGCACAUGGACACAUGUCUAAAGUUACCUAUGAAGAUUUGUGAUGUAGAAGAUGGGCCAGUAGAAGGCACCAAUCAUAUUACACCACCUCACUUUUCACUUGGGUCAGGAAAUGAAGAUUGUAGACGUGAAACUGCUAAACAAAUAGAGGAGGAUAAGCCUGUAAUGCCCUCUUUAUUUUGUGUUCCAAAAAACACUCUGUUCACAGAUGAAGAUUUAAAACAAUCAUCCCCUGAGGAUACAUUUAUAGAACGUGAUCUGCAACAAUCAAGUCCACAUUCUCCAAUGACUCAAAAUGUACAGACUCUUCAAGAUAUAAAACCUUCUCAAAUGGAAAAUGAUCAGGGGCGUGCUGGAACACUGGAAAAACUAAAAAUUAACUUAAAAUGUCAAAAGGGGAACUUGGAAUCCAAGAUAACAAAAAUGUCAGCUUCUGAAAAAUUAGGCAAUUUUUGUGACAUUUCCAGCAUUUCAUCAGACUGUGAUGUUAAUGUUUUGCAGAAUCAAAAUGAUUUAGAUGAAAAAUGUAUUUGUGCAGAAGAGGAGACUUGUGAAUUCUUAAAUAAACAUUCAAAGAGCAACCAAGAAGAAUCUAAAGGUAGCAGCAAAAAGAGUGAAGUUAAAGAUUUUGGGCAACAGCCGUUUAAAAAAAGCAAAGGCAAAUGCACAGCCAGCAAAGUCACAUCAAAAGAAAUAGAAAAAAUGUAUCCAGAGCUCCAAGCAGUGAGUGUGGGUGAUAUCGGUUCCUGUAAUGAAAUGUGUGAUAAAAAAACAGGAGCAGAAAAAUUAGAACCAGAAAUGUGUGAAGAACCCAUUUGCAGACCGUUACUAGUUAACACAAUGAAAAUAGCACAGUCUGCAAGUACAGUAUCGCUAACAACUGAAAAGGAUCGUAAACGGACUGCUUGCCAGGUUCUUGUCUGUAAUGAGAUGGCUUCUGAUGUCACUGCAACGGACCAAGAAAAAUGUGAGAUUAUUUUAACUCAGGGAAAUUUUAACAUGUGCCACUGUUGUUCUACUAGUGUAGAAAGCUUUGAUCAUAAUGAAAAUGUUGCAAAAGUAAAGUCUGCAUGCUUUUGUGUUGAAAGCGUGAGCAGUUCAGGAGAAUCACAACAAUACAGUGCAGUUAAAUCACAGACUAAAAGUUCUCAAGUUAUUGAGGAGAACUUGCAUGAGACUGUGUCUCAGCUCCGAAAUGAAACGGAGAUUGAUGGAACCAAUAAAGACUAUCAUUAUGCUGUUCCUUAUGACCAGGAAAAUGGUAUUCUUCAAAGCCAGCCUUCAAUGUCCAGUGUAAUGCUAGGCUUAAAACAGCACAGUAAGAAUGAAUACGAUGCAAAAUGCAAACCUGGAAAAGAGGCAGAUUCUGGCACAUCUUAUACAUUUCAGGAUGAUAACAACAAAAGCAAAAUUCAAAGACAGGACUUGGAUGAACAUUCUAAAACUGUGAAUGUGCCCAAAACCAAUCAUCAUUUGAAUUCUGAUUCUGGAGUACAUGUGCACAACAGUCAAUCAUCUUCAGUGCAGGACAGAACCACACUAAUGCUGUGUGAAAGUGACUCUUUAGAUAUCGAGGACAGCCAUUUAUCUGAAGAAAGUGAUCAGGGUGAAUGUUCUUUGCAUGUAGGCGAUCGUGAUAGCUUCACAAAGUGUGCUCCUUGUGAAAGGAAGGUGCUUGUACCUGAACAAUCUAUAAAUGUGUCAGAGGGAGAUGGAACAUGUGAACCACAUCCAACUGGGCAGAGGCGGAAUCUUAAAGAAGUUCAGGAAGAAACAGAUGAGAAAACUGCUUUGCUAGAUACUUCUAACAAAUGUUGCGACAGAGUCAACUUGAAAACUCAUGAAGAAGUUAAACAUUUUAUAUUCUCCACUGGUGAGAGAAAAGCUAUGGCUACUCUUGAAAAUGUGACUAUGUCACCUGAAAAUAUCCGUAAAAUAGCGUUACUUGGGAUUAAUCAGCAGGCAGCAGACAAUUCUGUUAUUAAACCCUACUUUGAGGAUUUUGCACGAGAAAUGGAGACUGUUUUGAAGAGUGUAGAAGUCAAGGACCUAAAUGCAGAAAGUGACCGGCUAAGCCCAAAAUGCACUUAUGCUCCAGAUAAAACCUCUGAUUCCUUUUGUAACCAAAAUAAAAACUCACAUUUUGAGCUAGAAACAGGAUCAAGUGAAAUCUUAUCUUUGGAUCUAACAAAACCAUUACAUUCAGGCAUCACAAUGAAUUCACUUGAGUGCAACACAACAGAUAGAAAUGAUAUUAUUGACACGAGUAACACAGUAUUGGGUUAUCAAGGUGGUAUUUCCAAUUUACAACACGAUAUAACAGACAUUGAAGCAUCGAUGACAUACCAGUUGGAAACCAAUGAAAGCCACGCCAUGGAUAAUCAUAGCACACAAAGUAAUGAAUCCCAGUAUAAUAAUUUGGAAGAUUUUAAGAAUCCAAAGUUAGUAAAUUCAGACAUUGGCCACAACACCGACAGCCAACUGCCAAUCCAUGGAGAUAACUACAUGCUGUAUGAGCAAACCCAUAACCCCAGAAAUAAUUGCAAAAUUGAGAAUAGCGGCUCCAAUCGAGGCGUUCCAGGAGCUACAAGUGAAGGGAGAAUCAGUAGAAACAGCACUCUAUCCAGAUACAAACACAUUGACAAUGAUGGUUUCUCUACUAGAGGUUGUGUGGGACCUUCUGAACACUCUGAAUAUGUAUACUUAGGAAUUAAUUUUCCUUCCAGUUCAUUGCAAGCAAACCAUGAAUGUGCAGAUGUCCAAAGACUAGAAUACACGAGUGGUGCUAGUCUGAUUCUUCCAUACUAUGAAGCAAUAAUGCAACAUGAAUUAAGUUGUGAAAGUAAGAAUAGUAAAGUUAAAAAAAUUACAUCUGGUCCUGAUAACAAAAAAAGUGAUAUUUCAAAGAUUGAGGGUAAUAACAAAGAGGAAAAUAAAAGUAAUUCUGAAACGGAGAUGCCUCUUUCUAGUUCCCAAGCAUACUGUACAAAGGAUGGCCGUGAUGGUGGAAAUCUCACAACACAUUCAAUGCAUGAGUUUCUAUCUAAAGACACAAGCUUGCCUUUAGAAUUAUCUAGUAUAGAAUUCGAACUUAUCGGUACACAUGAAAUAAAAAGCAGGUUUAGCUGUGAUCCAGAAAUAUCCGACAUCACGCCUGAAAAUAUAAAUUUAAACCCAAUAUCAUUAAACCAAGAAAAAGGCUUUUUCACAACAAAGACUUCUAAAAUGCCUCAGAAUGUAAAUAUUGGUAGUAAACGGAGAUAUUUUCGAAGCAAGUCUGAAGAAAUGGGGGUAUCUUUAGAUACUGAUUAUGAGUUAGGUGAUAGGCCUGGUGGUCUUUCUCAAUCUGAAGGCAGAUAUAAUAAACAUUUAGAGAAAAUAUGUGAAUCACUAAAAGUGAAGGAAUCAUCCAAUGGGAGAGAUAAUGUAUUUUGGGAAAUACCAAAAAGUUAUUUGGCAGAAAACGAGCAAAACAAGGUGGAAGAAAUUGACUACAAACAGAAAUCUUCAUGUCCAGUCCAGGGGUGUGCAUCUCAAUACAAAACUGAAAUAAUUUGCUCCACAUCACCCCUUGCUGUCAUUGAUGAUAAUGUUCUAGACGUAGUCAUUCAACUUCACCAACCUCUUUCAGAGGUUAAUAAUGUUCCGGAAUGUUCUUGUGUGACUACAUGCUCCAGUAAACCAGCAACAAUUGGUCCUGACAAUGAAAUUGGGGGCCUGUCCUCUAUCCGUUUUCCUGUACAAUCUCCGAGAUUAUCCCAACUACUUGGUUGUGGCGAUGUUGAAGAGUUAAAUCAACAGUUAAAUUGCUCUGGAAAUGCAAACCUUCCAAUGGUCUUAAACACAGAGGAACAGAAACAAGACAACCACUUGUCUGAAUUGCAGGAAAAAGAUACACAUCUGGGUCUACAUCUGCUUGAUGAUUCCAACAUAGCUCACAAGUAUGAGGUUUUUAGUCCACAACCAAUUUACCUUUCUUCUGAGAAAACCAAACAGAAUGAUGUAGCAGGAGAUAGUGCUGUGAUGCCUAAUGUCAGCUGGGGAGAAUGUUGUUCAGAUGAUUCCGUUGUAGCAAUAGAACCCACAAAACCAUCCAGGUGUUUAAUUUCACAUAACAGUGUGUCUCUUCAAGAUGAGUCUCUUCAAGACAAGUCAUUGAAAAUGGGAUAUGUUGAGGAUGAUGUUGGAAUAGGCAUGGGUGUUAAUCACUUGGAUGCUGGAGGAUUGGAUGUAAACAUGCCAAUUAAUCAAAGUGGAGAAGUAACAAGGGACCAGCCUGCAUAUUUAAAAGUAGAAGGUAGAAUUACAGAGGAAUAUACAGAAUGUUCUCUGAGUCACACUUUAAUGUCCCCAACCAAUGCUACAAAUUGUGAGACUGCUCACUUACCCUCAUUUGUUUCUGCUAAAUCCAUACAAACACAAAUCAAUGAAUCUCUACCUGAUUAUUCAGGUAGUGUAUUUAAUACUGGUACAUUUUCAAUUAAAAAUGAAGGUGUAAAUACAGAAUCGGAUAAUCUCUCUGGACAUCAGAUUAUGUCAGGUAUUAAAACAUUCAGUGACCCUGCAAAUAAAUAUACUUGUGAACGUACCAAUUCAUGUGUUGGGUCAAUGUCUAACAUCACCCCAGAAGACAUUGCGUGGGACCAGGAGGUAGACUCUAAGGAAUAUUUGUCUGAUACAUCAAAAAUGACAAGUAUAGGCAAUGAUUCAAUUCAAACAUUUUUACACCAAGUAGAGACACCAGAGAGCACAUCAGUAGAUAAAAAAGAAUGCUUGCACUUUUCAUCAAGUGAUAUCAAUCCAUUUGUUCGUACUUGGCAUUCUGAGGAAGACGGCAAAGCUGGGUGGAAGCAGUAUGCAUUCAACAGUGUAAGUGAUGUGUCUUGCAGUAAAUGUCCAGCCAAGUUAGUGACAGAUAAAAUCAUUAGAUGUUCGAGUGCUGAUGAAGGACUAAAUGCUCAUAAUUCACCUUUCCAUUCCCACCUAAGUUCAUACGCAAAUGCUAGGCUGAUAUCUAGCACGUUAAGUAGCAUUGAGGGUCAGCAAGAGGCAGAUGAUUCAGCAGAUGAUUCUGUGCAUUCAUUGGAUGGUUCUCAAUAUUAUUAUCCUUUGCCUGGUGAUAAUACAGAAUUAAGUAAAAAUUAUGUUGAACCCACCUUUGGUAGCAGAUGCUUGCUAAACCCAAAACUUGAAAAUGAAUCUGCUCAGUUUGAUGAAAUUGUGUUCUUAUAUACAUCGGAGUCUGAGACGUGCAAUGAAAGUGAUUUGAGAAUAGGAUGGGAGCAGGGAAGCCAGAUGAAGGACAGGCACAGAAGAUUAAACCGGCACCAAAGAAGUCACACAGACGUGUCCCAUGAGAAACCAUCAAAGAUUAAAACUCGGUAUCCAAGGCCAGCUUCAUGGUCAAGUGUGCAGGACAUGUCACUACAUUUAUCUCAACUGUUGCAUGAAACUACUGAACUGCUGGGAACUCUGUCUCAGCAUCGAACUGAGAACUUCUUCAAUGAGGCUACUAGACUACAAGGAGCAGCUGCAAGAUUAUGUAUUAAAAGAGACUCCUCCACUCAGACUACAGUUGAUGCAGCUAUACAGACUGAGCUAGAAGCACAUAUUUAUACGAAGGACAAUAUUUCUGAUAACCAAGGCAAAGUGCAUAAUAGAUUAUCAAGUGCUCCUGAAAUUAAUGUUAUUGUUAAAGUAAUAGGUACAGAUUCAGUUAAUCUGUCUCCAGGAGACUCACGCUUAGCAGUAAAACCAACUAGCAGUGGUGUUCCAAAAACUCAGAGCCUACCAGACCUACAGGAUUUACCUGCUUGUGGACACUCACAGAGACGUUUGUGUCACUCAGCACAUGGAAGAGCAUCUACCCCUUUCUUAGGGGAGUUACAAGAAGGGAUUUCUGAAAGAAGCUCUCAACCUUUCUCAAGAGGUUCUCUUGCUUUAACCGUUAAAGAUAAAGCCACAGAGCAUUUCUCUUGCUCGGAAACAAGUAGCUCUGCAUCAAGCACUAAACAAAAGGUGAGCUACCAUAGUGGGCAAAAGUCAAACCUAAAGAUGUCAAAUCAAAAGAUGACCAGCCAAGCAAACACCAUAAUGGUUGACAGAGCCACAUCACCAAUUCUAACAGUAAAAGCAAGUAAAAAGUCUCUAGAUAAAAUAAUCCCAGUGAAGGACUUCACUAGUCAGACUAUCGUAAAACUUCUACGGCAUAGAAGAGAGAGAAACCGGGGUAAACAUGAACCUCAGGUGGACACUUCUUCUCAAACAGAAACAGACAGUGAAUGCAGCAGUAUUCAAGGUACUUCCAGAGUAUUUAGUAAACAUGAAUGUAGUAUGUCACUUGGAGGAUCCACAGAGAGAAGACUUUCAGAAAGUAAGAAGCUAUCACCCAGAUGUGGAAGUGAAGAUUGCAUUACUACAGGUGUACAACCUUUGGUUUUUAACCGUUCCAGAAGCAUAUCUGAGGUUUCUGGGGUUGGAAAACUUUCAAAUGACAUAAACUCUUUCCCUUUGAGGAGACGUGAUAAAGCUGAUGGGACGUCUGCAACAGCUCUAAAUUCACAUCUUAAAAGUGUGCCUUCAUGGGAAAGACCACAGUCUAUGGAAAACCUCUCUCAAAUGUCUCAUCCUGUAAAAAAUGGAGCUAAGGAAAUUGUAUCUACUACUCCAAGCAAAGAUCAUUGCAACGAGGAGACUAAUCUUAACAAUUUCACUGCAACCUCAAAGAACUCCUUUUUAAGAAAAAAUAACUAUCCGUUUUCAGAAAUGAGUGGAUUUGACUUACAUUUACAAGAUGAUGGCGAGUCUGUUGUUGAAAGUGAAUGUGAUACAGACAUACUUUUAAAUCCUGAUUGUUCCACUAAAGCAAGCCACAAAACUCCCAAUUACACUUUGCAGGACUUACCUCUUCACAAUAAAUUCAGUAACUGGUCUGGGGUCCAGUGCAGCCCUGCUAGAAGAGGAAGCUUGAUAAGAAGCUCUGUUGAUCUCCGUAUGAGAGAGAGUCCAACAAAGACUGAGGGCUCUACGGCAUGUGAAAGCAGAAGUAAGGAAAUAGAGCAGCUACAGAGGGAGCGCGCAGAGAUAAUGUCUGGGAUACACCUAGAACUGAACCCACAGCCUCUCACCGUGCAACUUGCAGAAGCAAAGCUGAACUAUGGCAUUGGAGAAACAGACGCCUUGCUGAGGGUCAUCCAGACAGGAAAAAUGGACAGCCAAAAUCCAGUUUCCAUAAAGCAGCAGCUCUACGACAGGCACAUGAAAGUGAUUGAAAGUCUGCGCAAAGAGAGAGAGGAAAAGUUGCUGAGUUACAGGCGGAGUCGCAGUCUUAGUCCUCAGAAACAUCUAAGUGCUUCUCAAGGAUCACUUGCAUCCCUGCGAGAGUCAGACUUGCCAAGCCGGCGUCGAGAGUAUUUGCAACAGCUCAGAAAAGAUGUUGUGGAUACUACCAGGAUCCAGCAACCAAAGAUAAUUCCUAAGUGUCCUUCGGAGAUUGAAAUUAUGCUGAAAGACUAUCAGAAGGCUCGUGAAGAGGCCAAGACCGAAAUUGCCAGAGCAAGGGACAAGCUUCGAGAGAGAGCAGAACAGGAGAAGAGGAGGGUACAUAAUAGUCAACCAAAGGAUGAGAUUAAACUGAAAACCCUUACCAGCACAAGCACUUUAUUCACCAAUUCCAGCCUCAGUCUGUCUUCUGGACCAACAUCUGGGUAUAACAGCAGCAUCACAGCUACAUAUGGCAAGAGCCACAACACUCAGGAAACAAAGACUUCUCCAAAAAACAUGGAUUUGCCUUCUGUGUCCACAAGAGGUCGCUCUGCAGGAAGGAACAGUCAUCUCCUCCCAACAUUUCACAAAGGUUCCAAACCAGUCACUCGAAUCACGGCACAGGAAUGCUCAACAGCGGAAUCAUCUCUUGCGGCUGAAAAACCAAGUGCUGGCCAAUUGCCAUCUCCACUACCACCCUCACCCCGCGUGUCCUACCAUGAAUUCUCCCAGCUGGUUCAGGCUAAUGCUAAAGCAGAGGUGAUGGCUUCCUGUGACGGAAACUUAAAGAACCUAUUUCUUCAUCAUUCAGAGUCUGGGUGGAGAUAUCAGUGUGUGGAGCGAGAUGUGUGUAUAUACUACAAAGCAUUCCCAUCUUCCACCAAGCAUGGCUUUCUUGGAGCAGGAGUCAUUAAAAGGCCGCUGCAUGAUGUUUGGUGCAUGGUGAAAGACAUCGGUACAAGGCGCCUUUAUGAUCAGACCAUCCUCACCGCUCACGUACACCAGAGAGUGAGCAGCGGCAUCCAGCUAUUGCAUGUGGUGAGCGAUGUGUCACUUUGCUACCUUAAACAACGCAGAGAUUUCUGCUGCAUCUCAGUGGAGUCUAAACAGGAGGAGAUGUACAGCUUGUGCUUUCAGUCCCUGUACGAUGAGACCAUGCCUCGUCCAAGUAAAGAUACUAUUCGAGGAGAGAUCCUUCCCAGUGCUUGGAUUCUACAGGCCGAUAGCAUUAACGGAGAAACGGUCACAAGAGUUGUUUACAUGGUGCAGGUUGACCUCGGGGCCCCUACAAUUCCUUCAAGGUUACUUCCAGUGGUGUCCAAGAGACAGCCUCUGGUGAUAGCAAGUUUGGCAAAAUUUCUCUCUUAAAUAAUGUGUUCCUACAACGUAUUACAAGGAUGACGAUCCUAUGUGCUCCACCAUAACAAAUGUCUGAAUGUACGGCACAUGGAAAGAUAUUCUGCAUUACCAUGUUAUGAUCUUGUUAAACUGCUUAAAGAUAGAGUUUAUUCACUAAACAUUGAAUUGACAAUCAAAUGGCAAAAGCUAGGUCAAAGUAGCACAAAUAGCAAAACUAAAUAAACCUAUCUGGACUAUCUGAUUGUCACUUGAGUGAAUAGUGCCAUUGCUGAUUGCACAUUUAGAUCAUGCUGUGUUCCUAAAGCAGUAACAUUAUUUGUCAGCUAUUUACUUUUCAUUUCUAGGUUGAGAGACAAUCAAUCGUUAUCACAGUAUCUUUAAAAGCAUGUUAUUAAGCAGGUAAAUAUUUUAUCUGAAAACAAUAACUUUGACAAACAUUUUGCUUACUUUGGUUUUAAGAGAGUAGUUAAAUAGCUAAAGAGACUCUCUAGGCACCAUAACCACUACAGCUCUAGGACCCAGACCUACUGCGAUUCACUGACCGCAAAAAGGAGGAAGGUCAUUCACUUGUAAAAGGCAUAACCAAAGCAGAAUGAGCAAAAUAGUAAAAGAAAAAUAUUGAGUUUGAAAUAGGAAAAGACUUAUCCUGGAGAAAAAAACAACUAACCUUAUACCAAGUAACUUACUAAAUUCUAGUUGAUAAAGUAUGUUUUGGCCAUAAGCUGUGGUGGUUAUGGUGCCAGAGUGCACUGGUACCUCCCUCCCCUUCCAAGUAAGUAGUCAAACCUUUUCCUGACUGUUUGACCACUUACCUAGUGUCAACCAGGGACUGGCCACCUCCUCCACUAAGAGCCCAUGGUCUCUGACUGCACUA